AUGAGUUCACACUGCUGUUUACCCCUUUUCUUCUUCAACUUCUGUGCAACAGCAGGACAGCAGCUUCAGGCCUGCAGAUACAGCAUGUUGUUCCUGACUAUAAUGCUGAAAGUCACUUACUGUGAGACGGGUAAAGCUGCAGCACAUCCUGGAGGAGUGUCUCUGACUGAACUAGUUGCAGCUACGAGACUGAGAAUAAUCAUGCGUUUCUCUAACUUGCUCUUUAUUGGUAUUGUAACAUUAGGAACAUCUGAAUUCUGCUCUGCUGGACCUCUUCAUUCACAGUGCAAAGUCGAGUGGUAUUUCAGUCUCCCUUGCAGGAGUGUGUAUGAAGCUCUGGUUGCACGAAUUAAAAAGUGGAGGACAGUCUCAACCUGUGCCACGGGAGGAGAGAAAUGUCUCUACAAGUUGCAGUCUGCAUCUGAGCACUUCAUAUCAGCCAAACACACAACUCCAGUAAAGAAAUACAUUGAUGACAUCAACUUCCGACUCGUCUCCUAUGGAUUUUUCACACACUGCCAUGUAUCUGCCAUGUCAGUGUCAGAGACCUGGUAUGCUGUCACAGAUCACGGCACCAACUACUGUAAUCUCUACAACUUAAUAGAAGGCAGUGGACUUACUGAAGCUCCAGGAUACAAAGAGAUCACCAGUGACUUCCUGUGCACCCAGCGCUCAUCUGCUAACUGUACUGUGUACUAG